AUGGUCUGUUAUAAUUUUGCGUGUUCAAGUUACGCGUUGAAGGAAGUGGUGGUUGUUGACGAUGUUUGUGGUUUUGGUGUUUAUUCGCGUAUUCUGACCUAUAAUGUUGGUUUUCUCACUUCAAGCAAAGAUGUAGUGCUUGUGGAAGAUCUGAAGGUUCACGAAUACCUAGGAGUCUCGAUUAAGAACAUCGAUUUCAAAGUGCUUUUAAUACUUGAUAAUGCCCCUGGACAUCCAAAAGACUUAAACCAUCCCAAUGUAGAAAUAGUGUUCCUACCACCUAAUACCACGUCUAUCAUUCAACCGUUAGACCAAGACAAAUCUCUUAAAGAAUUAAAGCAGUCCACGCUAAAUGGCUCAUGGAAAAACAUAUGGCCGGAGAUUGUUGUAAAAAAUAAUGCUGUGCCACCAUUACAUGUGGAAGUGAGCCGUAUAUUAACGAUAGGUCAACGUUUCAGUGGAGAAGGCUUUGACGAUAUGAAUGAAGAUGACAUUUAUGAAAUUAUGAAUGAAGAUGACGUCACUUCAGUAGAAGAUAUCUGUGAAUCAAUUCCCAGUUUCACUCUGAAGCGCAUACGAGAGGGUUUAAGUUUGGUUGAGAAAAUGAAAUCUUUCUUUACAACUAAUGAUCCUUCGCUGGAGAGAUGCAGCAAAAUAAUAAGGGAAAUAGAUAUUAAUCUAGCACCUUAUUACGACAUUGAAAAGGAGCUUAAAAAAACCACCCACCAAAAACUGAUAACAGAUUUUGUAAUUAUAAAACCAGUAGAAGAACCACAAAGUCCCACAACUAGUUUCUUAUCCAAUAGCGAAAACUAUGUUGAAAAAAUAUCUUCUGAUGCAGCUAUUGCUCCCCCAAAACGCCCACGUGCAAAUAUCUUUGAAGACAGUGAAACAGAUUAA